CGGUUUGUGAGAGAUGUUGUGCAUAAAAUGUUUUAAUUUACUUUAUUUUCCAAAUCCCUCCUAUUAUCCCGUUGACAAAUGAGUUCUUCCAGUCUCGCGAUUCUAUCACUGUUAUCUCGCGGUGUAGUCGAGAAGUCUUUGGUGUGAUGAAAAUGUUGUAUCAAAGAGUUUAAAACUCCGUAACUGUAUUCGUUUGAUAAUGUUUUGGGGUGAAUACGUAUAUUUGAGCAAACUAUCAGACAGCUCAUUUUGCAGUGUUACUGGUAUUGUUAGGCUGCUCUUUCCCAGGCUUGAGUAAAUCGUCCAGAAAAGUGAAUUCAAUAUUUGGCUUGUGAGCUAGUUAGUGCAAUUUUUUUUGUCUGUCAGUUCCACCAAAUAAACGAUAUCGGACUCCACCACUGAGUUAAGUAGCUGGUCAGUGUCCAGAGAAGAAAGACUGGCACUCAGGAUAUUAACAGCUACCUGCCUGUUGGAUGAUAAGCGAAUCUCAUGGAGUUUCAGAGAGCUGUUCUCCAAAAGCAUCCUCAUAUCAGAGAAAAGCAGUUGGUGAUAUGUUACCCGUUAGAUAAAUAAAUGGACACAAAUCCACGUGCAUUAGGACAGUCUGUUCCUUCCUGGUGUAUGUCGUGCGUCACAAGUGACGUAACUUCUGGGUAGGAUUUCUACAGUGCUGAACGUGUUCAAAGGUUUAUUAUACAAUGUUACGAAAGGAAUUCCACUGGGAUCUGCUACUAGCUCUUCAACUUUCCGAUUGUGCAGCAGAAUGCCUUGUGAGUUAAAGCCUCGGUUCCUGGUUCUGUACGGGUCUCAGAAAGGCCAGGCCCAGUCCAUAGCCGAGGGGAUAGCUGACGAGGCCGAGGAGAGGGGACUGUUUGCUGAUAUCUGCUGCUUGAGUGAAGGAGACAAGUUUAACUUGGAGAAGGAGAGUUCUCCUGUGGUGUUCGUUGUGUCUACCACAGGGGACGGGGACCCACCAGACACGGCCCAGAAGUUUGUCAAGAGAAUCAAGAAAAAGACCCUGCCCAGCGACCUCUAUGCACACCUCUGCUAUGCUUUUUUAGCUCUGGGUGAUACAAACUAUGCAGAUUUCUGCAACUGCGGGAAGACUAUUGACAGCCGUCUACUGGAUCUUGGUGCUAAACAUUUCUAUGCAACAGGACAUGCAGACGACGGUGUAGGGCUUGAGUUGGUGUUGGACCCCUGGCUUGAAGGACUGUGGGAGGCGAUCAGAGGAGCGUUAUCCAAGAUGGCCGCCCCUCAGCCUGAGAGAGAUGGCCAUGUUAGGGACCAGAGAGUAUCGUGGAACGAAACACCUGAAUCGUCAGCAACAGACAUCAAACUCCACCUCCUGAGUCUCAACGAAUCAGAAUCCCAGAGCACCAAAUCCCUCAGAACAGCAGCGAUUGCUAAGACUGAUUCUUUGUCUGUUUCAGCAUCAGAAACUGGAAGCUCAGUUACUGAUCUCAUACCGGUGUCUGUGACCGACAACACUGGGACUGCUCUUAAACUUGAUAGUGUUGUCUCUGAACGCAAGUCAGUGUUGACGACACAGAGUGGACAGUCUGGGGCUCCCCCUGCUGCUGUAGAGGCCUCUCUGACACGCUCCUUGCCCCCGCUGUCUGAGUUGGCCCUCAACGUCCCAGCUCUGCCUCCACCCUACCUGGAUGUCACGCUUCAGGAAGCCACCAUAGAAGAAGAGACCAAUUCUCCGGUAAGUAAGGAGACUCUUCACGAGGUUCCCAUCUCCAGGGCAGUCCAGCUGACCAGAGACGACUCAGUUAAAACAGCCCUACUGAUCGAGAUGGACAUCUCAUCCCACCCUAUGGCCUACCAGCCUGGGGACUCGCUUGAUGUGCUCUGCCCUAACAGAGCCUCCGAGGUGGGGGAGCUGCUCCAUAGACUGGGCCUAGAGGAUCAGAAGAGCAACCGCCUCCAGCUCUCACUGCGAAAAGAAACCAAGAAGAAAACUGCUCAGAUCCCCUCCUACAUCCCAGAGAACAGCACUCUGCACUACCUGCUCACCUGGUGUCUGGAGCUCAGGACUGUCCCUAAGAAGGCGUUCCUCCGUUCCCUGGUGGAGUGUACAGGAGACAGUGGUGAGAAGAGGAGACUACAGGAGCUGUGCAGUAAACAGGGAUCAGCCGACUACAACCUCUAUGUCAGAGAUCCCAACCUCGGCCUAUUGGACCUGCUCACGGCUUUCCCCGCCUGCCAGCCCCCUCUCAGCCUCCUCAUAGAACAUUUGCCCAAACUGCAACCAAGACCGUACUCCGCGGCAAGCUCCAGUUUGAGACAUCCAGGUCGGCUGCACUUUGUUUUCAACGUCAUAGAGUUCCCAGCAUGCACUGGGAGACCCGUGGGGAGGCGUGGCCUGUGUACUGGUUGGCUCUCUGACCUAGUUGAUCCCAUCCUGGUGCACCCUGGGAAGGCUCAGUCCUCCAGCACCCCAGCCCUCCCUAAGGUCCAUGUGUGUGUGCGUCAGAACUGCUCCUUCCGACUGCCCUCUGACCUCUCCAAACCCUUCAUCAUGAUUGGACCAGGCACCGGGGUUGCGCCCUUCAUUGGAUUCCUACAACAAAGGGAGAAGGAGAGGGAGGAAAACCCAGAGGCGGAGUUCAGUGAGACCUGGCUGUUCUUCGGUUGUCGCCAUAGAGACCGAGACUUCCUUUUUAGAGAGGAGCUGCAGGGGUUUGUGGCCAAUGGAACCCUCACCCAUCUGAAAGUGUCUUUCUCACGGGACACUCAGGAGGGAACAGGAACACAGGCCGAGACGGGACCCAGAUACGUCCAACACAACCUGCUCAGCCAUGCCAAAGACAUCAUCAAGCUCCUCCUCAAGGAGAAUGGAUACCUCUAUGUCUGCGGUGAUGCUAAGAACAUGGCUAAAGACGUGAACGACACCCUGAUAGAGAUGGUAUCAGCAGAGCUUCAGCUGGAUAAACUGGACGCCAUGAAAAGACUGGCCGGACUCAGGGAGGAGAAACGCUAUCUACAGGACAUAUGGAGCUGAAAGUAUUCACACCACUUGACUUUUUCUACAUUUUGUUGUUACAAGUUGGGAUUCAAAUUUAUGUAAUUGUCAGGCCAGCAUCCCGGAGUCGCCUCUUCACUUUUGACGUUGAGACUGGUGUUUUGCAGGUACUAUUUAAUGAAGCUGC